AUGGAGGGGAUCAGUGACCGUCUGUUCAGGCAUAAGAACUUCAACUUUGUGGCCAGUCUUACAACUCCAGAGUACCUAGACUCCCUUGAAAGCUUUGAAAUAAAAGACAGCGAUGUCUUCCUUGUGACCUAUCCAAAGUCAGGUACUGUAUGGGCUCAGCAGAUCAUGAUUUCCAUCCACGAAAUGCAUAGCUAUCAGACUAAAUAUUCAAUCAACGUUGAGAGGAUGCCGUGGCUGGAGUACAAGACAGCUGAAUACGCUCUUCUUCCCUCUCCACGGCUCUUCGCCUCGCAUCUCCCUGUACACAUCAUGCCUCCAGGAGUGAAGGAGAAGAAGCCAAAAAUCGUGUAUUUGAUGAGGAAUCCAAAGGACAACAUGGUGUCUUUUUAUCACUUCAGCAGUGCUCUAGCAGACCUGGAGACUCCCGAGAGUUUUGACCAGUUUUUUGAGUGGUACAUAACAGGAAAAGUUUAUGGGUCAUCCUGGUUUGACCACGUCAGGGAGUGGUAUUUAAACAGAGACCAGUACAACAUCCUCUUCCUGACCUACGAGGAAAUGAUUUUGGACCUGAAAGGAUCAGUGAAGAAGAUCUGCAACUUCUUAGGGAUAAACCUGACUGAAGCCGCCAUCAGUCAAGUUGUGGAAAAAGCUAAGUUUGAGAACAUGAAGAAGGACUCGAAAGCAAACUAUGAGCACAUGCCACCAGAGCAGUUCAGUGGAACAUUCUUGCGCAAAGGUCAGCUUGGAGACUGGAAGAACACACUGACUGUUGCACAGAGUGAAAGAGUGGAUCAAGUCCUUCAGGAGAAACUUGGUGAUUUGCCUUUGAGCUUCAUCUGGGAAUAAGCAGAGCAGCUCUUCAGGGUCUCCCAGGAGUUUUAAAAGCAUUGA